AAAGUCUGGUUUGCACUUCAUUUCUUUCUCUCUCUUUCUCUUUCCUUCUCUCAUGUAAAACAUUUACAUGGACAUCACUCUCCAAGCACAAGAACUACACUACCUCACCCUCUCACAAAGACAAUAUUCUCAUGAGCAAGAAAGCAUGCAAAACCCUAAUCAUCACCAUCAACAACACCAAAUAACAACAAGCCAAACACUGGAGUCCAUUGAUCCAAGUGCAAGUGGGAAAUGGGCUGAAAAGCUACUGAAAGAGUGUGCAAAAGCUAUCUCAGAGAAGGACUCUGGUAAGAUCCAUCACUUCCUUUGGAUGUUGAAUGAGCUUGCUUCCCCUUAUGGUGACUGUGACCAAAAGCUAGCCUACUAUUUCUUGCAAGCUUUCUUUUGCAAAGCCACUGAAUCAGGAGAACGCUGUUACAAGACUUUGAUUUCAGUUGCUGAGAAAAGCCAUAGUUUUGAGUCUGCAAGGAAGGUAAUACUUAAGUUCCAGGAAGUUAGUCCAUGGACAACCUUUGGCCAUGUUGCUUCUAAUGGUGCCAUCUUGGAAGCCAUGGAUGGAGAGGCCAAGCUUCAUAUUAUAGAUAUAAGUAGUACUUAUUGCACUCAGUGGCCGACGUUGCUCGAAGCCUUGGCGACGAGGAAUGAUGACACGCCGCACUUGAGACUAACCGUGGUGGUCACCGCCGGCACCGGAGGAUCAGUGAUGAAGGAAAUUGGACAAAGGAUGGAGAAGUUUGCUAGGUUAAUGGGUGUGCCAUUUGAGUUCAAUGUGGUGAGUGGGUUCUCAAGGUUAGGGGAACUCAAAGAGGAAGAUUUCGGUGUUAGAGACGACGAGGCAGUGGCCGUGAACUGCAUCGGAGCUCUUCGGAAAGUUAGUGUGAUUGAGAGGAGUCCGUUUAUCCGAAUGCUUCACCAUCUUCGGCCGAAGGUGGUGACUGUGGUGGAAGAGGAGGCAGACUUCACUAGCAACUUGGAUGAAUUCAUGGCUUGCUCUGAAGAAUGCUUGAGGUUUUAUAGUAUCUUUUUUGAGAUGUUGGAAGAGAGCUUUGUGCCAACAAGCAAUGAAAGGCUAAUGUUAGAAAGAGAGAGUUCUAGGAGCAUACUAAGUGUAUUGGCAUGUGAAGGAGAAGGAGGAGGAGAGUGUGAGAGGAGGGAGAAAGGGAGUCAAUGGUGUGAAAGGCUCACCGGAGACUUCUCUCCGAUGAGCUUCAAUGACGAUGGAGUGGAUGAUGUUAAGGCUCUCUUACGGAGAUACCGUGCAGGGUGGGCACUCUUGCCGGCUCAAGGUACUGAUGCCACUGGUCUCUACUUGACAUGGAAGGAUGAACCUGUUGUCUGGGCUUCAGCUUGGAAACCCUCAUGAAUUCUAAAAAAGAAAAUUUCAGCUACUGUAUAUGUUUUUGAAUCUAGAUUCUAGUUUUGUCAGGUAUAGGAUUUGUUUUGCUUCUUGCUCUUAAUUCCCUAAGUGUUUUGUUUGUCUUUCUCUUCAUUAAUCUCUAUGCAUGAUGAUCAGUUUAAUUUUGCAUGCAAUGCAAUGCAAUUUGUUAACUUCU